AGGAAUGUUAUUAUUUCAAUUACGAAAAUAUUUUUAAAAUUUUUAAAUAAUUAUUGUAUCCCAGCUUAUUUGAUCUUACAAUUAUAUGAUUUAUUUCUUUAUAGCUUCCUACGUUCAUGUGUGUGGUCGCAAAGAUCCCAACUAUGAUCAAUGCUUCCUGGACAAUAUCAACAAUAUGAAGGCCCAGUUUUGUUCGGGGAUACCAGAAUUAAACGUUUCUCCUGUAGAGCCAGUAAUUGUUGACAAAAUGGUUAUUUACGAUACAAAUAAUCUUAAAUUAUUUUUCCAAGACACAAAAAUAUUUGGAGUUUGCAAUUUUGAUGUACUAUCUUUUAAUAUAAGCCCUGACAAGUUUUACAUCGAUUUUACUUUCUUACUUAAACAUCUUAAUAUGGACACCGUAUAUGACAUUGACAUACGUUUAUUGGUGUCACUUGCUAACAAGGGAAUAGCUCACAUCUCUGUAGAUAACGUAAAUGGAAAACUAAGCGUACAGUUUAAAGAAGUAACCCAGAAUGGUAAAACAGAAAUAUAUGUAUCAAAGGCAAAUACGAAUUUUGAUAUUCUAGAUAAAAACUUUACGUAUGAGUUCGACGACAAUGAAAAGAACUUGGUUCAACUACAUCAAGCUAUUAGGCAUACAGUAAGUGAAAACGAAAAGGAAAUUUUGAGAAAAAUUAAGCCGUUAAUAGAAGAAAAUGUUUCCAAACUGGUCAUUGAAAUUGGUAACAAUGUAACUUAUAAUAGAUUUUACCAAUUGUUUCCCGACGUAGCACCAUAAAUCACCUAGAACUUUGAGGUUGUUACAGAAUGUGAUAUGAUGCAUCUGUUUUGAUUAAAGAAUAAGUGAAGUAUAUUUUGUAUAAGUCAUAAAUUAUUAAUAAAGUGACAUUACUGUAAACAUUGGCGAUAUGUGAUAAUGAAAACAAACUAUUAACUGUUAUCGAUAGAUUAUUAGCGCAAAACAGCAUAGAUUUGUAUAAAAUAAGUUUAUUCCCAGAUAAUGUUAUGUGUUUGUGUAUCGCUUCGCACUCUUAUUGGAAUAAAUAUAUUAAAUUUAUAACAUUCUAUGGACGCAGAAUUCAGAGUAGACAAAGCGAGACAAAAAAGGUAUAU